AACCCGGGAUAUCCCGUGGACGGAAAAAAAACCUGUCGAGCGGAAUAAUAAAUCCUAUCGAUGCUGUCAUACUGAUUGCUAUGAGUCACAUCCACUAUUCUCCGCUCGACACGUUUCUAUCCCGCUGGGGAAAGGAAGGUUCAUGGCGCGGCUGGUCAACCAUGAAAACCUUCCCCAUCAACCAGCACAAGCAUAUCCCACAGCCUCAACGUGUUGCUGGUACCACGUCACUAUGCCUUGCUGUCAAAUACUAACAUCCGCUUUGGUUCUUACAUACCCCACGUCAGGCUGAGACAUGUCUCGGUCGUUCCUGUCUGUACAUCAGACUAUCGUAUGCCCUUGCAUGUCCUCGAGGGAGUUCACCCGCCUUGUGGAUGCCGUGUAGUUAAGGCCGCAAGAGG